AUGGAGAACGAUCUGACCCCAACGUCAGAAGAUCCGGGGAGUUCGGAAGAACAAUGGACUGCGAUCGACUUCCGUCGGGUCGGAGACGAACUUGGUCUCCAAUCCUCGAGAACGUCCCAGCGACUCAAUCAGAUCGACCGUGUCCGCGCCAACGGUGUUGGCGAUCAUGUUGCAUUGCCUCAGCUAGUGGUAUGUGGUGAUCAAUCUGCUGGCAAGAGCUCCGUCCUGGAAGGAAUUAGCGGAAUCCCUUUCCCUCGACAGGAUGGCUUGUGCACCAGAUUCGCGACAGAAAUUGUCCUCAGACAUGCGCCGCAAGCUAUUUGCAUGACGGCGACGAUAAUCCCUCAUUCGUCACGGGACGAUGAGGAGAGACGACGACUGGCCUCCUUCCGACUGGAGUUUCACGCCUUCGAUGAACUACCUGGUAUCAUCGAAGCUGCAAGUCAAUCCAUGGGCAUUCGCCCCUCGGGAGAUGCAUUCGGCGCUCCCGCUUUUGCUGCCGAUGUCCUGCGAUUGGAGUUGGUUGGCAAUACCGGACUGCACUUGACAAUUGUCGAUCUACCAGGCUUGAUCUCUGUUUCCGAGAAUGAGCGUGACGUGCAGCUUGUCAGUAACCUUGUUGAUUCUUACCUCGAAAGCUCGCGGACUAUCGUACUUGCGGUUGUUCCCGCAAGUAGCGACGUUGAUACCCAAGGCAUCAUCCAGCGAGCGCGCCGCUAUGAUAAAGAUGGUGUUCGAACUGUUGGAAUCAUCACAAAGCCGGAUCUAAUCAAUGUUGGAACUGAGCAGCGAGUUGCACGCCUCGCGAAGAACAUGGACCGUACAAAGCUCAAUCUGGGUUUUUUUCUGCUCAAAAACCCGGCUCCUGCCGAGCUGCGUGAGGGCCUGUCUCCACUUGUCAGGAAGCAGGCAGAACAAGCAUUUUUCUCAAGUGAACCAUGGAGCAGCCUGGGACUUGAUCCAUCGCGUAUUGGUAUUGAAAAUCUUCGACGGUUCCUUCAGGAGCUUUUGGAUAGUCACAUUGAACGUGAGCUCCCCAAAGUGCGUGAGGAAUUGCGUGAGCUGCUUGAACGAAAUUGUCAGGACCUUGCUGCUCUAGGCACGGAACGGAAUACGCCUGGUCAGAUCCGCAUAUAUCUAACGCAGAUCAGCGCCGAUUUUCACGGGGUGGUACGAGCUGGCAUUGAUGGCGACUAUGGUGGCCGUGACGCGAAAUUCUUCAACGUCCAUGACAAGGAUUUUGCAAACCGGUUGCGCGCUGUUGUUCAUCUAGAGAAUGAGAAGUUCGCGAAUCACAUGAGAGAAUACGGUCAGACGCGGAAGGUUGUGAGUCGAGCUGAUGAUCAGUCUCUCGAGUCAGCUGAUGAGGCGACGGAGCUUUCGCUCAACGAAAAGGGCCAGAUUAUUGUUAGUAAAGAAGGAAUGGCCGCGUGGGUCAAAGAAGUCUAUCUUCGGACGCGAGGCAGGGAACUACCAGGAAACUAUAAUCACGCGCUUCUAGCAGAGCUUUUCCAUUCACAGUCACUGAAUUGGGCCAAGAUUGCUCGUGAGCACGUGGAUGCUGUUGCCAAAUUAGUCUCCACGUUCUUAGAAGCAGCAUUGAAGUUUGUGAUUAAAGAUGUCAAAGUCCGCCAAAACGUCCAGACCUGCGUUCAGAAAUCUGUGCAAGCAAAUGUCAAACGCGCGAUCGAUGAACUGGAUGUGCUGCUCGACGACGAGGCCCGUCAGCCGAUCACGUACAAUCACUAUUAUACAGACAACAUCCAGAAGGCUCGAAAUGACCAGUCCAAACAUGAUAUUCAAAAUUCGAUGUACGACGCUAUCCAAAACGACUGGAACGGAAAAUUUCAUGUGAGCAACUCUUCCGACGAAAUAGAAAAGCUCGUUACUUCGCUGCAACAGCGGGUAGUUGUCGAUAUGACGAAGCAGGCCUGUUCCGAAGCACAGAACGACCUCACCGCAUACUACAAAGUUGCCAUGAAAACUUUUGUCGACAAUGUUUGUAGGCAAGUCAUCGAACGUCAUAUCAUCGCCAAGCUUCCGAGCGUUUUCGAGCCUGUCAUUGUAAGUGGAUAUGAGACUGAAGAAUUGCUCCGAAUGGCCGCAGAAUCUGCGCAGGUCAGUACCCGUCGGGAUGAGGCACGUCAUUUCCAGCAAUUGUUAGAACGAAGUCUUGAGGACCUAAAUGUUUGA